GUGGGGCUCCGGUCGGGGAGCUGUGGGCAGGGGCUGGCUGGAGGCAUGGAGGAGCCGCGGGCCGCCGCGGGCGGGGACGUGUCCCUGCACAACUUCAGCGCGAGACUGUGGGAACAACUCGUCCAUUUCCACGUCAUGCGGCUGACGGACUCGCUCUUCCUGUGGGUGGGGGCCACGCCGCACUUGCGCAGCCUGGCCGUGGCCAUGUGCAGCCGCUAUGACUCCAUCCCUUUGUGCACCUCCCUCUUUGGAGACACUUCUGACACAACCUCCAGUGGCCUGGCCCAACGCCUAGCCAGGAAGACCAACAAACAGGUGUUUGUCAGCUAUAACCUUCAAAACACAGACAGUAACUUUGCGUUACUUGUAGAAAACAGGAUCAAAGAAGAAAUGGAAGCUUUUCCGGAAAAGUUCUGAGUAGCAGAAGAGAGAGUUUAUAACUUAUGUAUAAUAUACAUUUAAAUAAAUGGAUUGGGUUGUUUUUGUUA